CCGAUCUCGUGCAUGUUCACUCAAAAGCGGACUCCAGUCCAGAAGCACACUUAUUAGGAACCCAGCCCCACUGAACUCAGCGGGGCUUACUUGCGAGGAAACACGCACCAAGAUGCCUCUUGCAAAGGAACAGGAGCCAGCCCCAUACUUGGAAGGCAUUUGCUCAUGCGCUGGGAAGCAAAGUCCCACUGACUGAGCUCCACAAGUUAGAAGCGAGUAGGCGCGCACAGAGCUGGGCUACUAGCGCUAUCCUCCCUCUUUCCCUUCAAACACCUCGCAGACCACUUCGCUUUCCCUUUCCCACCUUCGCCACUUUGGGUAUUCGCUGCUUCCCGGCUGCCGUAGACGCCAUCUUUUCGCCUGCUCUGAACAGCAAUACCGAACUCCGCCCCCUCCUUACUUGACCUUUAACCGCCCAGCAUGCCGCGCGCUGCGGAAGGCCGCCCCACUCAUCACCAUAGCAACGACGAAGGGCGUCCCUCCCAGUUCAGCGGGAUCCGGAGCUGUCAGCUGAGCUCUGCAUCUCCCAGCCUAGAUCGAGUUUUUCCGGAGCCCAACGCGGGGGGCGGGGCGGCUGCCCCUGACAAGGAUAUGCAAUGUCUUCACUAUCACCUGUAUCACCUGCAACAGCAUCAUCUGAAGCACCAUCUUCUGUCAUAUUCAGUGCUAGAAGAACAGAAUCCUAUGAUAUUCCUAAUAUUGUCAGUCGCAUAAAUUUUAUUACAGAAACAUUGUUUGGUAGAAUCAACGUCAUCUAUCUUUUAGAAAAGGCCAAUCUUGCCGUGACAUUAACAAAUCAGAAGAAUGUAACUGUUGCCCAUGCUGUAUUUCUGGACUACCCCAACUGGGAUAUUGUUGAUCAGGCUCAUUGGGAGGAGUAUUUGGAAGAAAACUAUGCUCAAAACAGAUGUACACCUUUAAACACACUAUUUAUGCAUCUGUUUAUGGCAAGAAAUGAAUGUGCAGCUGACUGUUCCAAAGAAAUUAUGAAGACUGUCUUUAAAACUGUACCAGAGCUGCAUUAUAUACUUCUUUUCAUACCAUCUCAAGAGAAUUUAGGUACAGAUUUGUCAGCUGCUUUUGAACAAGUGAAACAUGUACAAGAUUCAGAUACGGACUAUAAUCUGUAUGUGUGUCACAGGCACCAGUUUUGUCCCCAGCUUCAUAUCCGCAUAGCCAGGGUAGAAGACCAUGAUGAUCUCACGCCUAUCUUCAUGUGCCACAAUGAUACUUUGAGAGAAACCUAUGGAGAGUACUUUCUUGCUGAACUAAUUGAAGCACAAGAUGAAGAUAAUCUUGCUGUAGUUUGUGAGGAUGGUGGCAAGGCAGUAGGCUUCAUGAGUGUAUGCUCUGAAGUGAAUAUACAGCUGCUUCAUGACUGCUUUGAUUUGGGGCCUUUCCAUGGACUCUGUAAACCACACCCAGAAGACAUUCUUAAACCACCAGAAGAGACAACUGUCUCAGUUGAAGAAAGCAGCAGCCAAACAAGUCAAAAAGCUGAAGUUACUGAUGCCAAAGAUUCAGAUAAACAGGAAGAUAACAGAAGUGGAAGCUUUCUUUCCAAGAGUUCAGUUACUACUGCAGUAGCAAGUUCAGCCACUAUUGGAGUACCAUCCAAAACAGGAAGUAUUCUUCAUAAAAUAUCAGAGGAAAAAACACUUGCUACAUCUUCAUCAGAAUUGCCCUUAGGCAGAGACAGAAGCAUGGAUUGGAAAGCCACUGAGAUUCCUGAUAGAGAACUUUUCCAUCCUGUGUACAGAGGAGAAGUAAAUGCUUUUUGUAUUCAACUGUUUUGUAUUGAUGAGAAACAUGAAACCAGGUCAUUGGAUUUCAUGAAAUUUGUGUUCAACCUUUUCCCAGACAGAGACUUCUGCAUCAUCUCAGUGCCACAUAUGGUGCCAGAAUUUCAACUGAUCCAGAACUUUGUUCGGAUUGUUCCCUUUAGCAACUGUACACUGGACCAAGAACUUUAUGUGUUCCACCGUUCGGGAUUGCUCAAGUCUUUUCUUGUAAGAGCAGCAAAAUCUAGUGAUGUCCCUGCUAUUGAAGUGUUAAUCAAAACUCUGGACUUGAACAGAAGUAUAUUGGAUGACUUAAGUAACUAUAUAUCAGCACGGAGAGAUCCAGAUGGGACACCAGUUCAGGCAUUUGUAGCAGAAGUUUUGAAUCAAAUAGUUGGAAUAUCGAUUAUCAGGAAUGAAAUGGAUAUUGAAUAUAUUCGCUCACACUACAACAUUGAAGACUUUAUUUAUUUCAGUCAUUACCAGAAGGAAGAACAUGGUCAUUUAUACCAUUUUGCUCUAAAUCCAAUCUUUCAUCAUUACGCUAAACAUUUUAUGAAGGAGAUACUUCGGCUGGCUGACAAGUCUUGUCUCUAUUACCCUAUUUAUCCCCAGUCUGAAGAAGGAAAGUUUCAGAAUCCCUGUGCCCAUUCCCUGACAUCUGCCCUUCAUUACAUGGUUCCCGUGCGACCAAGACGACAGAUUGUCUAUCCUCUGGAAAAACUUGGCAUAAAUGCUCCAUCAAAGCAGGUCUCUGAGGAUCAGGCAAAAUAUGCACUGAAUCACUUUAAUCGGAAAUUGUCUCUGGAGCCCAAGGUGUCCGUCAAUGCUAGAAUUGUAGUUGUUGGGGCAUCUAACGUUGGAAUCUCCUUCCUGGAAACGCUUGCAUUUUGUCCACACCUGAAAUUUAAUAACCUUACCUUGAUUUCAACUCAUGGACUUCCAGGGAAAGAUGUGUCAAACAAUCUACAUAAAAGAUUUUUAAUUACCAGCCACUGUAUGAAUGAUGAUGAAUAUGCACUGAUGUCGCUUUGUUCGUGGGUUAAUGUUGUGGUUGGAAAAAUGAUUGGCAUAGACAGAUCUGCAAAGCAUGUAAUAGUUUCCAAGGGGAGAAAAAUUCCAUAUGAUCAUCUUAUUCUUUGCACUGGCCAACAAUAUCAGGUCCCAAGUCCUAGUGGUGCAGAUAUCAAAAAACUAUUCACCAACAGAGAGAGCUUAGAAAAUUGUAAUAAAAAAUACACAGGAAUAGUGCCUUCCAAUCUUUUUGUUCUUUGUGAUGAUGAAGACUCCUUAGUGGCAAUGAAGUGGCUAAAAGAAAAAGUUGUUUUUACAUCAGGGAAUGUUAUUGUCUAUGGGAAUACAAUUGACAUUUACACCACCAUAGAGGCCCUCUUAUCAUUAGGAAUUACUGGCUGCCGAAUACACCUUGUGCAUCCUCCGUUGCGCUCCAAUAUUACUUCUCUUAAUAACAAUGCAAUAGAAGAAGCUGUCCAGAAAGCGUUGUCCAGGGCUGGUGUGACUGAAUAUCAUGAUAGUCUGCUGGCUCAGUGGAAUGAUGGCGACCACCCGGACCCAAUCACACAUGCAUCUUUCACUACUAAGACAAAGCCAUUUAGAUUGCAGUGUUCAGCAUUUUUUAACUUUACCCACAAAAGAGUGGAUUAUGAGACCUUCAAGGCAGUGAAUGAUGCAUGUCUUGUAUAUGAUGGAAGGCUUGUGAUUGAUACCAACUUCCAUACUAAUGAUGUGGCCAUCAGAGCUGCAGGUCCGUUAACUAAGUUCUCCAACAUAUACUAUGCCAAUGAAUGGACACACAGCAAUUUCAACUCAAAGGAGAUUGGUUUCCAGCUUGCUGCAACCAUGCUAAAUCUUUUUGAUCCAACUCUGGAGCCAGUUUUUGAACCACCAGAAGAUAUGGAUAGACUCAUUCCUAUAUACAAGGGAUGCAAAAGUCAAGGUGGUGUUCUCCCUGGAAGAUAUAACUAUGUGCACAUUUUUAAACCUGGAAUUCCCACUCGCUUGGCUGUACAAGAAACACAACCUAAUUAUGGGAUGGCAAUCACCACAGGAGAUGCACAAAAGGGGAGUUACUUCAGAAUACAUGUCAACCAGUACAGUAUGAUAGAAACUAUUACUUGCCUUUCAAAGAAGGCCAUUCCUGUCUCCAACUACCUGUGUUUAUUUGGACAGCAUGAACGACUUCUUAAUAAUCUUUGUUCUCGCUGGAGAGAAGGACUGAUCACAAAUCUCUAUAGAAAAAGGAAUAGAGAUAGAGUUGGGCCCAGCAAGGAGCAAAUGUUCAUAUCACCUGAUCUGGACGAAGGGAUCUCAAGGUUCCUGGAACCACCAAGGGACCUCGUUCUUCAGGGACAGCUUGGUCAAAGCUACUUUAAGGAACCUUGGGCCUUGGUCAUCUAUCACGAUCGCUUUACCGACCUGAAGAAGGAACUGCGUCAGAUCCUAGAAUCUGCCCAGGAAGAAGAACUUCCUUCGAUGCAAGAACUCGUUCGCCAAAUAAUGGAAGGUGAACUUGCCUUGCUUGAGAGGCCAAAGACGUAUCUCAAACGGUGCUACAAACAAAGCAUCUCCAGGGGUCUUGUGGAGAAAAGCAUUCUUGAUUAUCUGAACUAUAACAAUUAUCAUUUGCCAAUGUUUGCCUGGCCAGGAAUAGUUUAGUUAUGGCUGACUAAUAUGACUCUCUCUUUGCUGCUUGAAAAUAUAGCAUAGCCUAACUAAAUGUGGGGCAGUGGGAGUUCUAACUUCUCAUGAUUGCCCAGUGAACAAGAUGAAAUCUGUCAUAUUUAAAUAGCCCAGCAGGUGGAGCAUAGCUCUGAUUUUGUAAUUCAGCAAGACAGUAUAAAAUAAAAUAAAAUAGCAAUAACAAUAAUAAUAAUAGCCAAGCCAUGAAGCUGAUAUAGAGAACAAUUCCUACAUAUUUCAGAGUGUUCUGAAAAAUGAAUAAUUAAAGGUAUAUUUGUAAUAUGA